AUGGCGGUGGUGGCAACGGGUGGUGGCGGUGAGUGGUGGCGACGGUGGGUGGAAGCGGUGGUCAUGGUCGUGGUGGAGUUAGCGGCGGUGGGUGGUGAUCAUGGCAGGUGGUGGUCGAAGGCGGAGGGUGGCAGUGGUGGGCGGUGGUCGGUGGUCGGUGGCGACGGUGGCGGGUGGUGGCGGGUGGUGGCGGUGGUGAUCGACGACGAAGGGUGGCGACGAUGGUCAUCAACGACGGAGGGUGGUGGCGGUGGCGGGUGGUGUACGGUGUUGGUGAUGGAGGGAGAGAGAUGGAAUGGAAUGAAAAAAAAACUAGGUAAGUGGAUGGAAUGA